AAAGAGCGAAAGUAGGUGACCUGUCCUCAGAGGCUAUUGGAACGAGUUUGCUAUAAUGGCUUUUACCAGUUUAAUUACUGCGAUUGUAUUAACGAGUUUGGGUGUGCUGAACGUGGAAGGCACAGCUAAAGGAGCUGUUCCCCUGGAUACGCUAACUUUCGACAAGGUCAUUGGAAAACACAAAGCAGUGCUGGUUAAAUUUGACAAGCAGUAUGCUUAUGGAGAAAAAGAAGACGAGUUUAAAAAGUUUGCCGAGAAAGCUUCUUCUCAGCCUGAGUUGUUGGUAGCUGAAGUUGGAGUGUCAGAAUAUGGUGAAAAAGAGAAUGACGACCUGCGGGAGCGUUUUGAUAUUAGCAAAGAUGAUUUUCCUGUGUACAAGCUGUUCAAACAAAAUGAUGCCAGCCCAGUUGAUUUCAAAGGAGAAGUGAACGCUGAUGAACUUGCUAAGUUUGUGAAAACCAACUCACGGCUGUGGAUAGGAAUGCCAAAUUGCAUUGAGAGAUUUGACAGACUUGCUGACGAUCUUUUGAGUAGUGACAAUUCUGCCUAUGCUGAUAUCAUUCAGAAAGCAGAAAAAGCCUUGGAAGAAAGCACAGAUGAAAAGGAGAAGGCUAGUGGGGACAUUUAUGUUAAAAUUAUGAAGAAGAUUCAGGAGAAAGGAGUUGACUAUGUGGACAACGAGGUCACUCGUGUUCAAAAACUCUUGAAAGACAAAAUCACUGAUAAGAAGAAAGACCAAUUUAAAAAGCGUUUAGAUAUUUUAACUUCCUUCCAGCACAGUAAGCAAACCAAAGGAAAAGAAGAAUUGUAAUACCAAUGUUGUCAGUUUGCUGCAAACAUUUUUUAACCCUUAACUCCCAAGAUCUGAUGGUUAAUUCUCUCUUCUACCUGCUACCCAUUUCCUUGUAAAUUAAGUUUGAGAAUUUUGUGUUAGAUCAGGUUAACAACAUCUACUUGAUAAGUCUGAAUAUUCUCAUCACCUGUUUGCUGGAUAAUGUAAGGAUAUUAUAGGGAGAAGUUCCAUGUUGAUUACUUCUGGGAGUUAAAGGGUUAAGAUAAUUUGCAAUGUUUUCCCCAUAGUUUUCUUUUAGUUUCUUCACUAAACCAAGCACAUUGAUAAAUAAAA